AUUAACACUACUUAUCAAUCGUUAAGAACGUUCGCAUAGAAACACAGCCUUUCCUUACAAUACUCAUAUGUUAGAUACAAAAUAGUCCUACAGUGAUGUCAAGAUUUCAAGAAAAAAUAGAUUUUCUACCUUACUUGUGACUUAAAUAAACUAUACAGAAAGUAAAUGCAUGUGCUAUCGUACUUGAUCAUGAAGCCAAAUCAUACAUUUCAUCUUUAUGACACUUUCAUAUACUCAUUAUAAAAAAAGGAAAACAUUCCUAAAGGGAGGCACGUCGACCACAAACGCGUAGGCGCUUGACACCACCGUCGGGAACGAUGAUCAUACGAAUGUGCGUCUUGGGAGUUGAAACAUUCUCAAGAUCCGAAAAGGCAUGUUCCAUAUGGGGACCGAGUUUAUGAGCAGGUAAAAUAACCUCCCAGGUACAAUCAGGACUAGGGACAUGGUCAGGAGAAUCUGUUGCUUCCAAGAUAACCUCCUUGGGAUAAUUUCCCUUGAAAUGAUUAGUAUCGACAAGAACAUCGUCAAUAUAGCCCUUGGUACCUAGCUUGACGAUGACCCAAUCAACAUGACCAGGCUCUCUGCUUCUAGCGGUUUCCCAACCAUCACCCAUGUUGAUACCACGGCCAGGCAAAAUGAGAUUAUCUUUUCGUCCAAAGUGUUGGUUACUGCAUUGAACCACUAGGCCGCCUAGAUACAUAUGUGCAAGAUCCAGACGAAUGUCCAGGUCGGCAGGGAACACGGGAAUCACGUUUCCGUACACACGAAAACGAGCUAUUCCUCCAUCCGGGUACAUUUGUAAACGUACAUGCGUGUAAGCUUCGCUUGUAGGAGUCUCUAAUUGAAAUAGAUGUCGCUGAGAAGGACCACAUGGCACUCGCGGAAGAAUUGGAGUCCAAAAUGCAUUGGCAUCGGGAAUUUUGUUGGGGGAAUAUGUAGCUUCAACACUUACAGCAGGUGCAUGGUUACCAACGAAAAAGGCGGUGUCAAUUUCGAUACCGCUAAUACGGCCACUAGAAGCUCCUACCUUGGCAAUUACCCAGUCGGAAGGUUCUGGAUUAUGUCUUCUCGUUUCCCAUCCAUCAUACCAAGCACCUGUGUCCACAUAAACACCUUCUCUUCGAAUAGGAGUAGACGAUGAAAUCAAAUUUUGUGCCGAGGCAAAAAAUUCAUCGCUACAUGCGAUAAUUUGACCACCUAAACUUCGAGAGAUUAAAUCAACACAAUUUUGAGAGAAAAAGGCAUCACCCACCUUGGGUGAAACUUGUACAGCAGAUACAGUAGACAUUGUAUAUACGCUUCCUAUGAAACUCUUUUUUAAUCGCCUUCGUACAGCUAUGUUGUAAGCUGUAGUUUGAGAAAUGAGAAUAAAUGGUAAGAAAGUUAUUAGCGAAAGAACAAAGACUUUUAGAAUAGCCUUGAUAAUGUAAUUACUUCCGGUGAGCGCUUUAUCUUCACACUUUUGCUUCUUUACAGAUCUUCAACGAGCACUUUUACUUUGAUAACACUUAUUUUUAAUUGACAAAAAUGGUAGACUUUUUUUUUAUUCCAAGAAGUCCUUGUUUCUGCAGAGGAAACUUCCAAUAUUCUGGUAAAGGAAGUCGUUUCAAUGAAUUAGUCUUGAAAGCAUAGCCUAUAUAUGACUCUUCAGUAGGGUAACCGAUAUGUCGGGAGACUCUCAAGAAUUGAGAAUUUCUUUUCAUAAUUCUUCAGCUAUCGUAGUUUUUUUUCCGAUGAAGUUUACAUAUCGUUCUAAUCACCUUCCUUUUAGAUGUUGGUUAUCGAAAGAAUAGAGAUGGUCGAAACAAUCUUCAACGAGAUCGAAGCACUAUUCUCAAGUCCGAGUGAUCUUAAAAUAGUUUAAUUACUAACGGAUAAGUAAGUUUUAACAUAUUUGUCAAAAAGAUUCAGCUUUUGUUGCUUCUUAAAAAGCAAGGAGAAUAUACUACGUUUCCUACAUUCACCUUUCUAUUUCUUUAAUUUUAAUUUCUCAUUUUUUAAUAUCAAAGAUGGUGCGCAUUCUUGUCAUAAAUCCUAAUUCUACAACGGAAAUGACCAACAAUGUAAAAAAGGUCUUGGAUUCCUGUACACCACAUGACGUUGAAUUACAGUACCUUAAUGGCCCUCCAAACGGACCCGCUUCAAUUGAAUCCGUGUACGAUGGAAUCAUGUCGGCAUCGCUCGUCAUGAAACAUCUCCAGCAGAAUCCACCUAAUUGCGAUGCCUUUUUAGUCGCUUGCUACUCAGACCAUCCCCUUGUAUCUGCAUUGCGUGAAGCGUAUAGAAAACCAUGUAUUGGCAUUAUGCAAGCUUCGAUUUUCGCAGCAUUGUCUCUCGGUCGUAAAGUAGCAAUUGUUACAACUACAAAACGUUAUGAGCCAUUACUUAAGUCUGGUGUCCGCGCUAUGGGUAUAUCUGACAGCGUUUUCGCUGGUGUAGUAUCUACAGGUUUGACUCCUUUGGAACUUGAAUCAAAACCACGCAGUGAGGUAGAUGCUCUUGUACAGGAAAGUUCUCGCAGAGCCAUUCGGGAUUUGGAUGCAGAUGUAAUCUGUCUUGGUUGUGCUGGAAUGGCUCACAUGGUACAGGUUGUUCAACAAGCAGUGGGUCAUGAUGUUCCUGUUGUAGAAGGAGCAAAGGCCGGUAUAGGAAUGUUAACUAGUCUUGUUCAAAUGUCUUUGUUUACUUCCAAAAUAGGUGCAUAUGAAGCCAUUCAAUUCUAAUUUAUAAUCUCCAGUAGAUGGUACAUUGUUGCUCUUUUUCAUUUGUACAACUUUAUAUAGAAUCUUAAAAAUAUAUUAGUUUUAGGAUACCUACAUAACCAAA